AUGGCGACGGAAUUCAUCAGAUCCAAAUUCAGCUCCCUUAGGGAAUACUUAACGCCAGUUAACCAUGAAUCGAACUUCACUGAAACUGGUGAGAUAUCACCUGAAGAGUUUGUGAAGGCUGGCGAUUAUUUGGUUUACAAAUUUCCAACCUGGAAAUGGUCACCUUCACCUGCUUCAAAGAGACGGGACUUUCUUCCUGAAGAUAAGCAAUUUCUUAUUACUCGGCACGUCCCAUCAUAUGUGAGGGCAACAGAUUAUGAGAAAGGGGAGACUUCAGAUAAUGGUGAGGAUUAUAUUGAUCCAUUUUCUCCAGAAGAGGGAUGGACCUCGCCUCACACAAAAGCUUUGCAUAAACAUUGUACUCCUGAAGAUGAAAGAAGGCAUUCUGCGGAGUAUAUCAAAAUGAAGGGACCCUGUGAAAGUAUACACUCGAACAAUAGUAAUAAAGUUUCCUCAAGUUUAAGUUCAAGCUCACCAGAAAAAGCUAGUAUACUUUGCAAGGAAAGCGAUAAACCCCCGUUAGAAACAGCCAAGAAGGAUGUUGAGUCGGUUAAUGAUAUUGAUGAACUUAUCGAUGAUGAUGCUGAAGAAUCGUUGGAAGAAGAUCGAAAAAAUCAGGAAAAUUUGGAUGGCGAAAUCAUCAACGAUCCAUACAAGAGAAGUUAUGAUCUAUAUAUAACAUAUUCCACAUCUUAUCGCGUUCCAAAGAUGUAUCUUGUUGGCUUUGACUCGAAUGGUGUUCCUUUAUCUCCUCAACAAAUGUUUGAGGAUAUUGCCAGUGACUACAGACAUAAAACAGUGACAAUUGAAAAAGCCCCCUUUUUAGAGAAUACAACAGCUGUUUCAAUUCAUCCGUGCAGACAUUCCACUGUUAUGAGGGCAUUGAUGAAAAUGGCAUCUGCUGCUGCAAAAGAAAACGUUAAUGGUAUGUACUCAUCUGGAGAUCAGACUGAAGACGAAAUUGUAAAAAACCUAAGUAAAUUAGGCUUAGCAGAUAAAGACAAGGAUUCUAAUGAUAAUCAAACUGCUGUUCACAAAGACGAUGAUUGGCAAAGUUUGCAUGAAAAUGAAGGGCAAGAUGAGGAUGACAUUAAUCCCGAUAGCCAAAUUCGGGUUGACCAGUAUUUGGUCAUUUUCCUUAAGUUCAUGGCAAGUGUGACUCCCGGAAUUGAGCACGAUUACACCAUGGACGCGUUAUAA